AUGCUUCAGUGGCUGGCGGGGCUUAAGAACCAAAAGCAUCAUGGCACUCUCAGACAGUGUGUUGUAAAGGCAUUUGGUGUUCCGCAUAGUGACCCUUCACAACUUGCAAUAUUCAUCAACCAUGCCAAAAUCACACCCACAGAUUUAUUCGACAUACUCCAACUUACCGCCAUGUUUGCUGGAUCCGUGCUCUUCGCCAUCGCACCUAACUGGAAAGCAAAUGUGUCAUCAAGCACUGUAAAGCCUAAGUCAUCUGACCAAUCCGAGGAGCCUGAUUGCUGCGCCCUCCUAUGCCAGCUGCGGGACUACGCCUACGCCUGCCACUACCAGUUGCAGUUCCUCAAGUCGCAGUGUAAUAGGGACAAACUAAGUGGUGGUUGGCAGGAUUGCCACUACGGCAGCGAUAUCACUUCUCCCAACUCCCCCCUCCAGGCGUUCCUGACCGACGGCUGGGACUCCACCUUCAAGACUCAUCCCUUCGACCCGUGCAACUUCUGCCUCAAGAGCCGUAUCAGGAUGGGAUUCAGGGAUGGAGACUUACCGAGUAGUCAACAAACUGGCGCCACCCUUUCCACCAUCCUCACUCCCAGCUGCGGCGGUGAUGACCCCUUGCUGACCUUGUGCUCCUACCUCAAUUGCCUCACCAGGCGGACGCCGCGCACAACCGGGGAGCUUGUGUCGUUCUUCCAUAAUUUUGGUGUCGAGUUGCACGAUUAUGGUCAAAAGAUGUUGUCUUCACUGGGCCUUUCACUCACCAAGUCACAUCCCAACUGCCCCGACUGGGACCGUCUUGGUGACUCCGACCUUGGAGCUGUCCGUGACAUCCGAGGGUCCGAGACUCUCACCACCAAUCACAACCACAACUAUGACCAUCCCCGUACCCUGUCCACACUGGUUGGCUGCGGCGAUGACUCCUCCAACUGCCCUCCGAACUGCUCGCCCAUCACCUACCGGGCCUACGCCCUGUACUCCCAGAGCUUCGCCCACACCUACCUUAGCUGGGCGGUGUACCUGCCGGACAGACUGUGGGAGUCACUUCAAACAUUGCACUAUGAACUCAAUAAGCACGACAGCAGCAAGUGCACAUCCCUCUACCUGUGUUCCACUGCGCUGCCCCUCCUCUACACUCACGGGUUCACGCCGCCGGAGGGCACAUCGCAGUUACCACUCAAGUGUUCAGAUGUCAUUGUCAAGCUGCAGGAAAUUGUCAACGGUGGGCCUAUCGCAACCCUCCUGACCGCCAUGGACAAUUUCCUCUACGGCAUCCGGGAGCCAUUCAUCUUCACCCUCGUCGCACUGUGGUCCACCGCAUUGCUGGUCCUCGCCAACACGAUGCUAUAUCGCCUGGACGUGCUCCACAUCCGCUCGCACCUUAUUCGCACCAAGGCUUCCCACCACAUCGACGUCAAGGCCUUACUCACGAAAGGCCGCAAAAUGCUCUCACUUUACAAGGACGUCGACUACUUCGACGAGGACCCCAUUAAUCAACUUGUUAUUCGAUAA